UUGUGGGCGGCAUUAUCGGGCUGUUCCAGUUCAGUUUCGGCCACGAAACUGUGAGGUCUCUGCGAAAAUGUUUAUCACGGAGCUGUGGCUCUUGGCGCUAUGUCCCGUGGUUCUGGCCUACUUCGAGGGCUGCGAUAAUACGUACAAUCUGAGUCCGGGCACCACGUACGUGGAGUCGCCCUACUAUCCCGGCAACUAUCCCGCGGGCACGUCCUGCCGCUACAGGUUCGUGGCGCCCGUGGACUAUUCCGUGCAGGUGCAGUGCACCAUCAGUCUGCCCCAGAGCAAUGGCCAGUGCGUCACGGAUAACUUCUGGCUGGAUCCCGAGGGCGACCUCUUGAUGCGCGGAGCCGAGAACUUCUGCGGCAGCGGCACCUUCAGCCGUGAGUCCCUCUUCACCGAACUGGUCUUUGCCUACAUCUCGACGGGCCGGCAGGGGGGCAACUUCAAGUGCACCCUGACCACCAGCAGGCAGAACUGUAACUGCGGUUGGUCGGUCAACUCGCGCAUUGCCAAUGGCCAGCAGGCCGCGGAAAACGAGUUUCCCAGCACGGUGGCCCUCAAGGAUGUGACCAGCAAUCUGGCUUCCUUCUGCGGCGGCACCAUAGUGGCACAUCGCUACAUCCUGACCGCCGCCCAUUGCACGAUGCAGGUCAAGCAGGCCAUCAACAUUGUGGCCAUUGCCGGCACGAACAAUCUGCAGAACCCUUCCAAUUCCAGGUACUACAAGCAGUACGCCAUUCAGCAGAUAAUACGCCACGAAAAGUACGCGGAUGAUCCGGACAUGACGAACGAUAUUGCAGUUCUCAUAACAGCCAGCGACAUCCAGUGGUCCCGUGGCGUGGGUCCCGUCUGCCUGCCGCCUGUGGGCACUUCUCAGACAUUCUCGUAUCAAACUGUCGAUGCUGUUGGCUGGGGCACACUCUUCUUUGGUGGACCCACAUCGGCCACCAUGCAGAAGAUCAACCUGAUGGUGGUGAACAACCAGGACUGCCAGACGGAGUAUGGCGAUGAGGCUGACAUUUAUGCAAAUCAAAUGUGCACCUACGACUACUCGGGCAACGCGCGCGACUCCUGCCAGUACGACUCGGGGGGUCCCGUCAUUCUGCGCUCCUCCAGGCAGUUCCUGCUGGGCAUCAUCAGCUUCGGCAAGAGCUGUGCCGCCACCGCGUACCCCAUGGGCGUGAAUACCCGCAUCUCCUCCCACAUCAGCUGGAUCCGUCAGAAGAUUGCCAACUCCAAUUGUGUGGUCAGCCUUUGAGCAAUAAUUCCCGCCCUUCAAUGUCGUGUAAAUAGUU